AUGGAGGUGAAAGGCAACAGGCAUUUGUUUGACCCGUAUACAUCAUGGAAAUGGGGGUUUCCGAACGCAUAUCGCAAGCCUGGUUUUGGUUACCAGAAGCUCGCAAAACAUCGUCACCGGGAUGUCUUCGAGCGCGAGUGGGUGGGCGACUACGAUGAUCGCUACAUCUCAUCAUGGGACGGCAAGAUAUCUAAGCUGGUCGUUCAAGCUAUCGAUGAAAUCUAUGACAACGACAUCACGUCCACGUAUCGUCGUACGUUCAUCCGAACGAUCGCGCCGGUGUAUCUGAGGUUGGCAAACUGGCCGUUCAACCAUGUGGAUCCUAACAAUAAUGAUGGUAAACCCACUAGUGAAGACAUGCCCAUGCUCUGCCUCAAAUGGUUCAUCACGUCUAUCGCAAUCACUUUUGUGAUAUCUAGCCCGAGCUCUGCUUCAAUUCCUCCUCGAAACGGUGGCUGUUACGACCCGGUGCCUUACAGGUACUAUGGCUACCCCAAAGUAACACGCAACGCCAUGGAACUGGACAGUCCGAGAGGCUGCAGGGAUGCGAACCCAGUCGCUGAGCGCGUCUUGCGUCCUCGAUACCUCUGCUUUCUACGAGAGCCAGGCGAGCCGGCUUUGAUUAUGAACGUAGAAGAGUGGAUCACGCAGUACAAGUCCGAGCGCAACUUGGCUUAUGUAUUCAUUGCAUAUACGGCAGAGCAGUUUCAGAGCAGCGAGGACCUCAUGGCACUCCAUCAGAUGGCUGAUGCGGCUGCUCGUAAUGCUGGCGUGAUGGCGUACUGGGUUGGUUGCUCUUGUAUGCCAGAUUCGGAUCAACUUCAAGAAGACGUCUAUCGAAUCUGCGAUGUGAUUCGGGGUGCUCAGUCCCUGGUCAUUGCUGUCGGACAACCCCCAAAUGACAGACAGGACAUCAGCACCACGGACCUUAUGCUACAGCAAUGGGGCAAACGCAUUUGGACUUUCCCAGAGGUUUUGCUCGCACCCGCGGGCAAGGAGAUCAAAGUCUAUCAGCGCGGCGGUGAUCUCAUGCAGCCAUUGCGCGUUCCGAAGAACCAGUUCGCAGCCAAGGUGUGGAAAGAAGAUGCUCACACCGCACGCCAGCUCAUAGACCACUACGAGGGUAGUCUCAUUUUGACUCAGCUCGAGCUGGUCACGCUUGCGCUGGAAUGUCUCCAGAAACGAGAUACUAACGAGUAUCUUCGUGGAGACCACAGCUACGCUCUCAUGGGCCUGCUGCGCACUCGACCAAAGAUUGAUCCUACAGACACUGCCUUUCAAGCUUUCGCACGCCUUUCCAUGGCAAACGGCAGCGACCAGCUCUUAGAGCGCCUUAUCUGCGUACUCCCUAGGACCCCGAAUCAACCUUGGCACUCAUUGGAUGACGCUUUUGGUUCCAAGCUUUGGGAAAUUCUACCUGAAGGGGUUGAGAUUUCUGGCAUUGGCCAGGACGACAGCGUUAUCCUUGACGGCUGUCGCGCCGCCAAUGUGCGCUGGAAGUCUUUCACCCCCGUAGCUAAUACGCGUCGUCCAUCCUGGAAGCGAUACAUCGCGGAGAAGUUGCUGCGACUUGGUGGUGUUACCUUCCUUAUCGGUAUCGUGCUCGUUGCUAUACCAAACCCUGCCGGCCCCGGCCAAGGACUGUCACCCACUCAAGGUGCCGGUGUCUUCCUCAUCAUCUACUCUCUCUUCCUCAUGUUCCUCUCACCUUGGCUGCUGCGCAUGCUCUACCUCGGCAAGUUCUGGGAUCAGCAGUGCUGGCUGUUUGGCUUUGAGGGGUACAUGCCUAUCGAGACCAUCGAAGCACAGAUCUUUGGUGGCAGGCUAGGCCGGCUGAGGUGGACGCCGUAUGCAAGCCCACUUUCGAGACAUCACAGGAACGAGCACAACGAGUGUGUGCCUGAUGAUCCCACCACGGAUCGGGAGAUCAAGGCGCUGGUCGAGAGGUGCAAGCACGCUGGACCCGGAGAGCAGAGACUGUUCACAUUGGUUGACACUGGCAACAUGACAGUAACCCUCUUCCAGGCCACCCGUCCACCAACUUGUUUCCUUAUGGCGGGGUCAGAGGGCGGCAUGAAGCGCAUCGUGGGCUGCUCGUACGAUUGGACCACCGCGACUAUGUACAGAGAGACGGUGCUGCGCAUGGAAACCAAGUUCGAAGACAAGAUGUCGCGCAUUGGUCGAGUCAAGGUUGGUUUCAGGCGCGAACAGCACCCAGUAGCGCCGUUGAUUCAUGUUGGUGAAGCCGCUGGUAUGAGAGUGGAGUGA